AUGAUAUUCUCAGCUCCAUUGUAUAUAAAAGAGAGACAUUGCGGAUACUGCAACGAUAACAAAGAGGACUACUUUGCAUUGGAAAGCCAAGCUCGGAAAUCGCUAGGUAGUCGGGGCAAUGGCAGAGACAAGCAAUCGAUAAUGGUGGGAUCAUCAAUCACGUCCAUGACAUGUCAAAACUAUGAUGAAUUGAUAAACCAGGGGUUUAGAAGAUCAGGCAGCUUUUUGUACAAGAGUGAUUUGCUAAGAACGUGUUGUCGAUUGUAUACCAUUCGUACAAACAUGUCCUAUCUCAAGCCAUCAAAGAAGCAACGCAAGGCGAUCAACAAGUUCAUCAAAGAGAUAUGUCCAGAUGAGUCGAUUUUGAGUCCUGUACCGAAGAACACAUUCAGCUUGGAACGAAUGGUGGAAGCACAGCUUAAAUCAACUAAUUUCAAAAUCAAAUAUGAGGCAUCGAAAUUUAGUGUGGAAAAGUAUCAAUUGUAUAAGAAGUAUCAGGUUGCUGUGCAUAAUGAUGAUCCAAAUGACAUUAGUGAAAAAUCAUUCACUAGAUUUCUAUGCGAUUCUCCCUUUAUGAGCCAUGAAAAACGAGGUACUGAUACUCAAUGGCAGAGCCUAGAUAUUGAUCAUUGGUCAUCUACUGCAAGGGAGAAACGAAUUGGCCCCACCCACGCAUGUUAUUAUCUCAACGACAAACUAAUUGCAAUAUCUGUAUUGGACUUUCUACCUAGUGGGGUAUCGUCAAUUUACUUCAUUUGGGAUCCAGAUUAUGCACAUUUAUCAUUAGGUACGAUCCUGGGAAUCAAUGAAUUAGAAAUGUGUCAAAAAUUAGGGUACGAUUGGUACUACUUGGGAUAUUAUGUGGAAGAUUGUGACAAGAUGAACUACAAGGCCAACUUUGGUGGUGAGAUACUUGAUGUUUGUAGUGAAACAUAUUAUCCACUUGAGCAGGUGAAACGGUACUUGGCAAAUGGCCGAUUGUUUGUCGUUGGCACUAUUGGCGAGACCAAACCGGGACAUGAGUUGGAUUGCGAAGCUACGGGAUGUAUAAAAAGUGGCACAAUUAAUGAAGUAAAUUAUAACGCGGCUGAAGAUGUUUUUGGAGGAGAUGAUGUUUACACCAAUGCAGAAAAGGAAGUAAAGCGAUUGCACAAGUACUAUGAUAUCGGGAGAACUGAUGAGUAUAAGCUACCACCAGUGAUGCCGGGAUUGAUUCCAUUGCUGAGAAUAGAGCAAUGGCUAGAUGAAGAUGUUAUUGAUGACGAUAAUACUGUGAUAAAAAUCAAUAUGUUUGGUGGAGUACGCAAGUUUCAAUUGGGGAGCUUGAAUCGUGAAGGGCGUGGAUUCUACAUUGAUUGUGUUCGGUUGUUUGGCCUAGACAAAAUGAGAGAUUCAACGAUGAUUUUGCAAUAG